AUGACGCCCCCUCCCUCAUCCCAAACCCGGGGACCUCCGCCCCCUCUCGCCCACCCAGCGCCCCGCGGGCCCACACAGUGUCUGCGAGGCGUCUAUUCCGGGCCUCCCGAAGCGGCGCUGCGCUCCUGGCCGCGCCGACCGCCCGAGGCUGGCGGAGAGGGGGCCGCGCUCCGGGCGCCCGCUAGGGGGCGCGGCAGCCCCGCGAAUCUUACCCCGCUCGCUCGCCGGCUCGCCCGCCCGCCGCUCAGCCUCCGGGUCCCCGACAGCGCAGCCGGGACCGCUGCUCGCCCACCUUCGCCGGGGAGGGUCCGCGCCGGCACCGUCCGGCCUCCCGUCCCGCCACACCCCCACGAACACGGCGCGGCCCGCUCCCCGUCCGGCCGCCUCCACGCCCUCGGCGGCUCGGUCCCCUCUGGGUUGGUGGCGACGACCGCCCGCUCCCGGGUUCCGCGCCCCUGCGCGCCGCGGUCCUGGCCUCAGAGCUGCAGCGGCCGCUGCGCCCCAGUCGCGCGCCAGCGCCUCCUAUGGGCCCGAAAGCGACACGGCCGGGGGCAGCUGCUCGCGGAGAAGGCCAGGGCGAGCCGAGACUGCGCCCCCUCGGCUUUAAGAACCCGGCUUCCCCUAGCGCCCCCCGCUCACCCGACGGUCGCCUCUGCCGCGGCUGAUCAGCGCACACUCGCGCCCGCCUGCGCCCUUCGCUGCCCUGUCACGGGGAUGCGGAAGGCUGCAAUAGGCAGGGAAGGAAGCGCCCCAAGUCCGAGGUCCUCUUCAUCCCCUCCAAUCUACUUUCUCAGCCGAUCCCUGGCUCACUGUUCAGUUUAA